AUGUCUUAUAUUAAUCAACGAAAACAUCGUUCACAUUUUCAUAAAGUUAAACGACUUAAUAAUAUUAAUCGACAUGAUGAAAAAAUGAUGAUUACUAAUCUUCCUUUUAAUAUUAUUGGUAAAACAUCAAAAUAUACGAAAUUUUUUGAUUAUCCUUUAUCGGAAUUAUUUGUUGAUCAUUCAACAGAUCCAUUAGAAAAUACAACACGACAAUAUAUUCAUACAUCAUCAAAUAUUUCAAAUGAAGGUCGUUUUAAAAAUCAUGAAAUGAUUAUACGUCGAAAUGGUGAAACAACUAUACUUCGACCUAAACAAGAUUUAGUCCUUGUUAAUGGAUUUACACCAGUUAUACGACCUUCUACUAUAUUACCAUCAUAUCAAUCAAUGAUGUCUCAUACUCAAGUAGCAUCAUCUUUAUCAAUUAUGAAUAAAAUGUCAAUAAAGAAACCUGAACAAACAUCGAUAAUUAAAAGCAAACGAAAGAAUCGACGUAGACGAAAACGUUUGCAUGAAAAAUUUGUUGAGCAAAAUAAUAUACAGAAUUAUAAUUUUUCAAAUGAAUUUGAUCAAAAUAAUUCACAAGAAUCAACUUUUAUUAAUCUAGUUCAACAAGCUCUACAUGAAAUUAUUGACGACAAAUCUCUUCCACCUCAACCAGUACCACUUAUGUCAAUUCUGCCUAAAUUUCAUGAUCCAUAUCCAAAUUAUAACAAUCAAUCAUCAUAUUCUAAUCAAGAACAAUUUAUACCACCAUUAAGUUUAGUACCAACCAAUAGUUAUAGUGAAUCUUCUUAUAAUUUUCCUCAAGAACAAAAUCAUUCGUCAUAUUUUGCUUUUUCACAACAUGAACAUGUUUGUUUACGUUCAUCAAUGUCUCAUCACAAAAGUUCUACUCAUAUGACUGAUUAUUUUUUUUAA